AUGUUGAGAACUCAAGCUGCUAGACAAUUACUACGUAACUCUAAAGUUACCGCUAAGAGAUCAUUCACUUUAGCUGCUCGUGCUGCUACUGUCUCUGGUGCUAAUGCUGCUAUUAGACCAACUUUAUCUGCUAAGACUAUGCAAGCAGCUAAGCCAAUUAUUUCAACUCGUGGUAUUAAGCACAUUAACUUCGGUGGUACUACUGAAACUGUUUAUGAAAGAGCUGACUGGCCAAGAGAAAAGUUACUUGAAUACUUCAAGAACGAUACCUUUGCUUUAAUUGGUUACGGUUCUCAAGGUUACGGUCAAGGUCUAAACUUGAGAGAUAACGGUUUAAAUGUUAUUAUCGGUGUUAGAAAGAAUGGUGCUUCUUGGAAAGCUGCCAUUGAAGAUGGUUGGAUUCCAGGUGAAAAUUUGUUCGCUGUUGAAGAAGCUGUUCAAAAAGGUACUUACGUUAUGAACCUACUAUCAGAUGCUGCUCAAUCUGAAACUUGGUCUGCUUUGAAACCUUUAUUAACUAAAGGUAAGACUCUUUACUUCUCUCAUGGUUUCUCUCCAGUCUUUAAGGAUUUGACUCAUGUUGAACCACCAAAGGAUCUUGAUGUUAUCUUAGUUGCACCAAAGGGUUCUGGUAGAACCGUUAGAUCUUUAUUCAAAGAAGGUCGUGGUAUUAACUCAUCUUACGCUGUCUGGAAUGAUGUCUCAGGUAAAGCUCAUGAAAAGGCUCAAGCUUUAGCUGUUGCCAUUGGUUCUGGUUACGUCUACCAAACCACUUUUGAAAAAGAAGUUAACUCCGAUCUUUACGGUGAAAGAGGUUGUUUAAUGGGUGGUAUCCAUGGUAUGUUCUUAGCUCAAUAUGAUGUUCUAAGAGAAAAUGGUCAUUCUCCAUCUGAAGCCUUCAAUGAAACUGUUGAAGAAGCUACUCAAUCUCUAUACCCAUUAGUUGGUAAGUACGGUAUGGAUUACAUGUACGAUGCUUGUUCUACUACUGCCAGAAGAGGUGCUUUAGACUGGUACCCAAUCUUCAAGGAUGCCUUGAAGCCUGUCUUCCAAGAUUUAUACGCUUCUGUUAAGAACGGUUCCGAAACUAAGAGAUCUCUAGAAUUUAACUCUCAACCAGAUUACAGAGAAAAACUGGAAGGUGAACUAGAAACUAUCAGAUCUAUGGAGAUCUGGAAGGUCGGUAAGGAAGUUAGAAAACUAAGACCAGAAAACCAAUAG